AUGCUGGAUCCAAUCAAUCCGCCUACUUCACCCUAUUUGGACUCAGGUCCGUCGACACCAUUGCCCUCUUCGCAAGCUGAUUUUGAUCUCAAUCGACCUGGUACUGAAGAUCCUGCAACGCAACAGCCGCUGGAAGAACCAGAAACAAAGAAAUUGAAAACAUCUGCUUCGGCCACACCAACACAAAAUGGUUCACCAUCAGCACCAGCUACAGCAACAGCAACAGCAACAGCCAACACAAAAAAACUGAAUGCCGAGGCGUUGAGGAGAAGAAGAGAAAACCGGCAAAGAGCAGCUGCGGCAUUAGCGCAGAAUUUGAAAAACUCUGGUGUUGGAAGAUUUGAAGAAGAAAACGGGUUUGGCUUGACGAGUGUUAGACCAAUCCCCUUAAUUAACCAAAAGAAUUACUAUACCGAGUAUUUGAAAAAAGACGAACAAAUCAGUUUUAUUCGAAAUCGAAGGCUCGAACGAGACUUGGAAACUAAGAUCAAGGAUUUGAAAAAAGCUGGCCAAGCUGAUAAGAUUGCCGAGGUAGAGGCAGGAGCUUCUUCUGCAGCAUCGGGAAAGGUGGCAGUAACAAACUUUGAUGAUUUUGAUCUUAACAAUAUUGAAAAUGAGUUGAGAGGUAAAGGUGAUGUCGACGAUGCCGAGGAGGAAGAAGACGACGAAGAAGAAACGGAAGAAGUGCGGGAACAAAAGGCAAAGAUUGGCGAAGAUGUUAUUGUUAUACAGCCGGGAUCUACGUACAUUCGAGUUGGCCGGGCAACGGAUGCGGUACCGAAAGUCAUACCCAAUGUUAUCGCUGUGCGAAAAAAGAGUAUAAACAAGGCUGCUGUUGGUAAUGGGGGAGGUAAUACAAAUGGAAAUGAAGAGGCACUACCGAAAAGAGAAGUAGAAGGUGAUAAGGUGGUUAUUGAAGGGGACUUUGGUGUUCAGAGAACGAUUGUUUCUAAAGAUUUCCGAGCCAGAAUGAGGUACUAUAAGCGCAGGAUUUUACCCAACUCGAGGGAGACUGCAGCAAACUUCAACAAGAAGCAGGAACCCGAAAUAGUGCAAGAUCAUAAUGACCCAGGUAAGAGAGAAUGGAUUAACCCCGAUGAUGGUACUAAAGCAUAUUAUACCGGCGAGGAUGCUUUAAAACUUGUCUUGAAUGACAAUUGGUGUUUAAAGUAUCCCAUGAUCAAUGGAAACUUCAAUGAAUACUCUAAAGAUUACACAACACGACAAGAAUUAUUGGGCGAUUUAGUGAAUAUUGUUCAGGAUGCAUUGCAGGGGAUCGAUGUUGCCAAUUCCAAAGUAAUGCUCAUCAUACCUGACUUGUAUGACAAGGUGUAUGUUGAGACUUGGUGUGAGAUUUUACUUCUUUUUGUCGGGUUCAAAAAACUUGCUAUAUUACAGGAGGCAGUUGCUGCGACAUUUGGUGCAGGUGCAUCGACAACAUGUAUUGUUGACGUUGGAGCACACACUACAAAGGUCAGUUGUGUUGAUGAAGGGUUGGUGGUUCCUGAUUCGAGGUUGGUGUUGAACUAUGGUGGAGAUCAUGUCACUGAAGCAUUUAUCAAAUUGCUUUUGGAGAGUUGGUUUCCUUAUAGAAGUAUUAAUUUAAACGAUCCGUAUGAUUGGGAACUAGCCAAAUCGUUAAAAGAGAGUUUUGUCACCUUUCAAGAUGCAGAUAUUGCAAUUCAAUUGUACAAUUUUUAUAGGAGAAGUCCUUUACACCAAACCGAAAAGUAUGAUUUCAAAGUGUUUGAUGAGGUCAUGCUUGCACCCAUGGGUUACUUUUUCCCCAAUUUAUUGUCUGUGCAACUGGGUCCGGCAUUGCAAAGUCUGUCUAGACCUAGUCAUAUGAUUAUGAGUCAUUUGUUUUCCAAAGCUUGCGAUCAGUAUGAUGGGAAACCAAAUAAUCCUAGAAGUAGGACCCAGGAUAAGUUGAAGAACAAUAUAAACUAUUGUGAUGUUGAUGAGACGGGGUUAUUAAUGCGACUCGUUGAUCAUAAUGAUGACGGAGAUGCAGAAGAAGACGAGGAUGAAAACGGAGAAGGGGAAGAAAAUGAAAAGAAUGUUGGUAAUGGUAAUAGCAGUGGCGGUGUUGGUAGUGGUAACACCAGUAACAGUGGUGGAAAUGAUGUAUCUGUAAGGAUCCCAUUAGAGAAGGCUAUUGUUGAGUCCAUUACAAAUGCAAGUUUGAAUGAUCCUGGAAAGAUGAAGAAAUAUUACGAUAAUAUUCUUAUAGUUGGUGGUGGGUUGAGCAAAAUUGAUAGUUAUGAUCUGAUUUUAACUGAUAGGAUUAAUAUCUGGAGACCCAAAUAUUUGUCCACCACGGCCUUUGGAGAUAUCAUUGAUUUUCUAAAAUCUGAGAUCAAGAGAAAUACGUUGAAGAAGCAGCAAAUGAUUGAUGAGGCAAAAGGUAAAGGUUCCAAUAAUAAAGAAAACGAGGGAUCGGAGGGUAUAACACAAGAGGUGAUGGACAAGAUCGAUGCCGAGUGUGAGUUGCAAUUAGAUCUCGACAAAAUUGACCAAUUGGCCGAUGAAGGGAGUGUUAUUCCAGUGACUAUAUUGCCCACACCACGAGAAUUUGAUCCUUCCAUGCUCACAUGGAAAGGUGGUAGUGUCUAUGGUCGAUUGAAAGUUGUCAACGAGAUGUGGAUCAGUCAAAAAGAUUGGGACUUGUUAGGAAACCGGAGUUUAUUCUACAAGAGUAUAUUCAAUUACUGA